CUCUUUCCAACCUACAUCCAAAAUCUUCAAACUUGGCUAUCGCAAGGAGAAGUUCGUAGAGGAAAAUUGAAAUUGAGUGAGUCCUGGUGGUUUUCUCCAUAAUCAAAGAGCCAGAGCAGAAAAACACAUGCUGUUCGUAUUGUUGUAUUAGGUCGUAUAUGUGACAAACUCAUAUUCCCAGCCCGAAACAUUUAUGAAGUACAAGUUUGAAGAGAAAGUAUGCGUAUUUAGAUAGUAACCUACUUAGACACUUGUAGCACAUUGAAAAUGCCCAACGCGAAAAAGACUCCGCGCGAGACUGCAGCGGCCGUGCCUGCCGCGAAGAACAAGCCGAUCCCGAAGACAAAGGAAGUGAUGAAGUCAGCGGCGAAGAAAGCAGAGCCCGCUGCAGUCGUCGCAGACAACAAAUCCAUGAAGAUUGUCCCGCCCAUGAAAAAAUUGGAGCAAAAGCCGGUGGAAAAGCCGAAGGAAGACAAAAAGCCGGCGAAGGGACAAGCACAACAAAAAGCCGUAAUCAAAAACGCAGCGAAUGCAAAAAAGCCGCCGACUGCUAGCAGCAAAAAUCUUCAGAAACCUAAUAAGGAUAAGAAAGAAGAUAAGCCAAAGGACAACGUAAAACCUCCGAUGAAAAUGGCCAAGGCUGCGAAAGGAAAAGUAGAAAAGGGCCAACAGCUCCCAGCCCCCGGGGAAGAUGCCGACGACGACAAAAAGCCUGCAACGGAAGAUGAUGAGGAUCCCCGCGACGACAAGGCGCAUGGUCACGAGAUCGAGGACGAUAGACAGCCAGAGCCGGAUGAAAAGGUAGAGCAGCAAGUAGAAGACAAAACUGCGGCUCAACAAGACCAAGACGACAGUGAUGACAUGAAAAUCGUCGAUGUCGCACCGUCGAAGCGCGCGGAGCACAACGAUAAACCACCGGCUACCACAAACACAAAGCCGACCGGUAUCAGCACCCGACCGGAACCAUCUAGCGUCUUGCACGAAGCAGCAACGUCGAAGAAGGCGACCCUACUGCCGCCGGUCGCGCCUGUCAGCAGCACCGACGUUGGAACGGGGGCCUCGUCGGGAUCGGAACAACAGAAGCAGUGCGAUCUAAAGACAAAACUGAAGUUGCGCACAAUGGACGAGCCUGUCUUCCCACCAGCAGAGCGGCUAUUGCCGCUGCACAGCGGACCAGACGACGUUCCCAUGUGUGACGCGGUAAGUGUAUAGUUUACUCUUUUGAAGAGCGAAAGCUUAAACUGCUAUCCCUACCUUACUACAUCUUUGAUUCAUCCUUCUCGGGUACUUAUCUUUGUACUAGCGCUGACCGAAAGUUGAUCUCGCUGCAGAUGCAGUGUUAUGAGUGCCUCACUGUCAGUGGGGCGAUCCCGGCGUCAUACUGCCUUAACUGCGUGGUCACUACGUCCACUGACUAUAUUGACCUCACCGCUGAAGUCGGCGCGAGGGUGAGAACACGUCGAAUCUUAUUUGGUUCCCUGCACAUUUUACAGGACAAGCACGACAAAAAGGCGGAGACGGAAGAGGCACGAAGGAUCAACGGUUGGUCCACACACCGAACCCGUCAGCUGGCGCAGGAUAAUAAAAAGUCCGAGAUAAUUUCCGAUCUUCUGGCCCGCUGGUGGUUUGUGUUUCCGCAGUGGCCUCCGGAGAACUACGAUUACAAGACUGCACUGAAAAAGAAAGGUAAUGUUAGCCCUGCGCGUGCGCAGCUUUUCACAGCAUUUAUUUUCGCACAGCGCUGCUUUUCAUGAGCGUUUCAAUUUAGCUAGAACUUUCAGUCAUCUCGAACCGGAUAGACCAACUCGGCGGGUGUUGCUGUUGCUUAGGUUUCGCUCCUGACAUGAUCAUCGACACUUUCUCUCACGACCCUUAGGUUACCGCGAGGUCCCUGUGGCUAGCUGGCUGCAGGAAAAGCCGGUGGAUGUGACCACCGGACUGGCAAAGGUGUACCAAUUGGAAAGUUUUCCGGGUUGUUUUCGCAACGGAACUGACCACGGUAUCAUCGACCUGCGACCGGCGAAGAGCUGUCCGUGCUUUCUCAAUCUCCAAAAACUCUCCGUGCAAAAAUUGAUCUUCUACCUCAAGCGCGCGUACGAGAAUCAGAUGUUGGUUUUGCGGCAAUAUCAAAUGUAAAAAUGUCUGGGUCUGGAAGAAUGCAAGAUUUGUGAUGCAGGUUGUGCAUGGCCCAUGAGGUCUGGAAUGCGAGACCCAGCAUUACAGAUUUUUUGAGGUCUCUAUCAUGCCUUUCCUGCAUGAGAAACUCCCUCUCAACUGAGUCAAAAGCGGACAGCUUUUGGCACUCACGCAACACAGAUUUUUGCAUCAUUCGGAUUUAGCAUGACAAGUUCUAACCUUCCAGACCCAGACACUUUUGCACUUGAUAGGCAAGUGGGCGGGGACGCGAACGAAAAACUCAUCAAGGAGAUUGCGAAAGAUUUGCGCGACCUGGUGACGGCAAACGCUAUAUCCUGUGCAAAAGUAUCGUACUCGUACUAAUUGCAAUCAUGCAUGACAAAUCCUGUUUCUUAGCGAAAUCAGCAUUACAAAUUUCAUUUUUCCUUCUGGAAAAAUUUGCAAUGCAAUUUAUACUAGUACGAUACUUUUGCAGUUCAUACGCUACGAAGUACGACAAUUCCGUCAGCGCCCCAUACAAGAAGCAGAUUGCGACCCACUUGAAGAAAUUGUACGAAGACUGAUGAGCGAAGUUUCUGGUCGUCGGUUUCUCUGAUGGUGCCUCGAGUCUACUUCACGUUCACCGCCCGUCUGAUUCGGCGUUCAGCAUUUUUUUAGGUGCUCUUCUUGCGACAGUAGCUGCCGACUCCCGCUUCCCUCCCGUACGGUAUACUUUUUCAAUUUACAAGGGCGACAAAUAAACCGAAGAUGACAAGAAUUCGGGACAUCCUCCGAUGGCGUAAGUGAAGCGAUCCUACCUUUUUCGUUUUCUUGAGUGUCGCACUAUGUAUCGUUUUCCUUUUCAUUUGACAGCGACGCGUCACAAGAUUAUAUUAAGAUGCAAAAAUAUUACACGCUGGUGCCCCCAGAAGCAGAAGCACAGACGCUCACACUGUAAAUGUUUCGAUCGGACAAUCUAGUAAGACAAAAUGAAUCAGGAGAAGGAGCACGCAUUUCGAAAAUCUGAAUAAUCUUCAUCAAGUAUCAAGCUUGGUCUUGAAGUCACUACAACGCACUUUUUCAAAAUGGCUGUCAAUCGAACCAACCGACACGGUAAACCUUUGUACUCUGAGAGCUACCCGCAGCAGCUUCUAAUUUGUUUUUGAUUUUCAUGGUUGAUCUUGAUGUUCCUGCUCCGCGUUCUUCUAUGUCGUUGCUUGAAUACAAGCAAAACUGCCGAAAAGA